UCAGAGCGAAGAACACGCUGGACAGACACACGGACAUGCAUUUAGAUAUAAGGAAAUACGCGUGCCACGUUUGUCCGAAGAGGUUCAGGAAACUGACGCAUCUGAACUAUCACCUAAGCACGCACCGAAAGAAGUGAAGUAAUGAUGGAUGUUUGUUCCAGAUGGCUCGCCGGCCCCGGCAGCCCCGCUGACGAGCCGGACACGGGCCAGAGUGAUGAGGAAACUAUAUGCAAAGAAAAAUAUCGCGAGGAAGAUGAUCUGAAAACCAAAGAGGAUGAUGAUGAACCACUGUCCAACGUGGCCUCGAGGAAGUCUAAUGACGCUUACAAUAAGUUUUACAGUGCCUUAGUUAACUUUAGAAACCAUUUCUUCAACGAUCACGAUAAGUGCAAGUAUCCAGAUUUCACAGACUCCAGCGACUCGGAAGUGGCUACAGAUGUUGAUAGCAAUGAAAUAAAUUUGGACAGUUUCGACGAUCUGACACAAAGUAACAUGCGCAAAGACAAAAUGGAUGAAGACACUAGACUAGAACUGAGUCAAGCUCAAGUGAAAAUAAACGGGAAAGUGUACUAUACAUGCAAAUUGUGCGGAAAGAAUUUAAGCUCGUCACACACUUAUGUCUAUCACAAGCGGAUUCACACGGGCGAGCGUCCUUGCGUGUGCCAUGUUUGCGGAAAGCAGUUUCGGGCGCCGAACGGUCUCCAGCGCCAUCUGACGGAGACGCACGAGCGUUUACGCCGGCACUCGUGCCAAUACUGCCCGAAGAACUUCGCCAACGUGCAGAAUUUGAAGCAGCACAUGCGCAUCCACACCGGCGAGAGACCGUACGUGUGUCCGCAGUGCGGGAAGCGAUUCACGCAGAGCGGCUCCCUGCACGUUCACGUGCGAACUCACACGGACCACUUCCCGUUCGAUUGCGCGGAGUGCGGGGCGAAGUUCCGUUUGCGGGCGGGGCUGGCGCGGCACCGCCUGAAGCACAGCGGGGAGCGGCCCCACGCGUGCGGAGCCUGCCAGGCGGCGUUCCGCCACAAGCACGAGCUGACGGCCCACCGCGCCUCGCACUCGGACGCGAAGCCCCACGCCUGCGGCUCGUGUGGCGCCGCCUUCAGACAACGCCGCGCUCUCAGACACCACACCAAAAGAAUGCAUGAAGCUGAAGCUACCGGAGAUAUAACGCAUACCCUCGUCUAUAAUCAAGACCCACAGGCGCUACACUAUUGAUUUAAGUGCGUUUUUGGAAUCGAUGUUAACUUGACCCAAAUAUUUGCGAGACAAUUUUUAUGAAUAUAUUAAAUCAAUAAAUUAUAUUUAUUAAUUGAUGUUUUGUUUGACUUUAAUAUUCCUAUUAAAUUAAUUAUUGAACCUGAUAAGCGUGAUAAUUUAGAAGUAAUUUUGGGAAUAGGAACAGGAAUAAACCAUGAGGAAAAACAGCCUGCCUACUUCAAUAUUCCACGACAGGUGCUGUCCGCGAACAUUCUAAAGUAGAUGUGGGUAUCUCUUGGAUAGGC